AUGGCAUUUGGUAGUGAUUUUCCUCCGAUUCAUUUUUUCAAGAUAAUAGUUAGUGAAAGUCUUGAUCAAGGAAAGCUUAUGAUACCGAUAAAGUUUGUCAAGAAAUAUGGAGAAUGUUUACCAACAUCUAUAUGUUUAAAGACUCCCAAUGGUGCAGAUUGGAAAAUAAAUUUAGAGAAAAAUGAUUGCAAGAUAUGGUUUGAAAAGGGUUGGAAAGAAUUUGCAGAGUAUCAUUCUCUAUCUCAUGGCCAUCUUCUACUUUUCAAAUAUGGAAAAACUUGCUAUUUUGAGGUAAGAAUCUUUGAUAAUAGUGGUUUAGAGAUAAAGUAUCCUUUCAAAAGAGUUGAAGUCAAUAAUGAAGAAGAUUGUGGAGCAAGUCAAAAGAGAAAAGCUUACUCCUCCUUUGAAAUUGGAAGCACUAGUUGUGUUAAAGUUGUGAAAUCACAAAAGGUAGAAGCUGUAUGUCAUACUCACAAAAAGCGCAAAGGAAGACAAGUGAAUACAACACUUGAAAGAGCAAAAGAGUUCAAAACAUGUAAUCCAUCUUUUGUUAUUUUCAUGGGUGCUUCAUACGUUAAAAGCCGUUUUGUGUUGUCUGUACCUACUAUGUUUGGUAAGACACACUUUGAUAUGGACAAGAAGAAAGGAUGUAUUUAUUUUGAGGUAUCAAAUAAUGAAACUGUUUGGCCUGCAAAGUACUCAAUGAGGAUGUUCAAUAAUGGACGAAUGAAGUUUGAAAUCACGGGUGGAUGGAUGAAAUUCUCAAAGGACAAUAAUUUGAAAGUUGGUGAUGUUUGCAACUUUGAACUCAUUCUUAGUACUAACAUGACCUUCCUUGUUCACAUAUUUAGAAAGACAAAUGAACUCAACACAGCUUGUUCAACAUCUGCAAAUUCUUCCCAAAUGAAAAUAGAAGCUGCUCAAGGAUAG